GAAANAUCAGGGAGGGUGUUCGUGAGGUGGAUUAUGCCAUCCUUACGAAGGCUACUGUGGCGAUACUCAUGCGUGGUUUUGAGCUACAUGCAAGUGCGCAAGUAGUGGCUGUUCACCGAUCUUGGAUCUUCGGGGUAUCUCCGAUCAUAUCUUUGACAAGUUGUCACGUGUUCCGCUGUCGCGUGUUCCGAGUUCCGAAUGCGUCUUUUCUGCGGGGAAUUUCUUGCGGCUGUUGCACGAGUGCCUCGGUGUUUGUGAUGCACCCUGUGCUCACUCUCUUCCGUGGGUUGUGUCUACAAGGACAACCAAUAAAACGUCUUAUCCAUCUCUUCACGUUUGUCAACCGGGUCAGCCGUGCUCAUCCAGUAGCACUAGUCUUGGGGCCAACAAACACUCUAGAGUUUGUGGCGUUAACGCCAUAGUCUAGUGCGGGAGACACACAACAUGUCUGCGAAAGACUCUGGGAAAUCUGGCGGGAGCGAGGCCGGCCCGACUCAUGAGGAGCUUAGGACGGCCGUCGACGACGCCGUGGGCGACGCCAGCACCAGACUGGAGAAGAUGGUGACGGAGAAAAUGGCAGGCAUCAUGGACACCUUGUCCCGGUUAGUGCCCGGGGCACCGCCCGCCGGAAGUGCGACCGCAGCGGGCGGCGGGGGGGGGUCACUGGGGAGGAUGCACGCCUUCCCUGGCGCGGGUCAGUUGGACCACGCGCCGAAUACCGGACGAGGGCUCGAGGGAGCGAGAGGGCUGCGAGGCCCGGAACCACGAGAGGCUACACCAUACAGUGCUACCUCGCGAGAAGGAGUCAGCAGCGAGGAGCAAGGUUCACGGUAUGCUUUUAGCUCGCAUGCCCGGAUACCACGCCUUAAAACAGUUGGGCGUCAUCGGAGAUGAAAAGAACCGGCUGAUGUUUUCAUUACGCAGGUGCAGACUUGUGAAUGGGUCGUGCCUUGAGUGACAGCAGAGACAUCGUGGUCCUAGGCAUAGACGAUGAUGGCAUGGUAGGGCAGGGGGUGGAAGUAGGGGAGAUGGCCACAUACAUACCGGGAUCUGUGGGGGAUGCUGACCCGAGUGACCUUCAACAACUCCACAAAAAUGCUCGUAUUUGCACGGUUCCCCGAUGCGCUUUCCCCGAAAUCUGAUAUUCAAAAGCAGCUGCUCGCCCAGAAAACACUCGAUGAAGAAGAGAUUAUGAGAGUGCUUCGCUCACGGGCUGGGCAACUGCAAGCGAAGGAAAAGAAGGAGAAGAGAGAUCGGCGAGCGAAUCAUCAUGCGUUCGUAGCAGUAGAGUGGAACGGGAGAGGGAAGAGACGGUCGAAACAAACCAGAGGGGACGAAGAGGCGUACCUGGUCAACGAUAAGAAGUCAGUCAGGUGCUAUACAUUUACGAUGGGGACCACUUUGCAAGUGCAUGCCCAGAGAAGCUUUGCCAGAGGUGCGGGAAAAAGGGGCACAACGCAAAGAACUGCCCAUCGAAAUCUACGGACGAGACUGCAGUCACCGCAGUCGAGUUGGACGUAGCAUAAGAAGCACUCUGAUGAUAUCUCGAUCUGUUUUUCCCCGUGGUGCCUCAACGUCCCUCCCCUUGCGUGCGUUGCUUGCGAAUCGGCUUGUCGGCAUUUUCCUUUGCGACUGCUGAAAUUACAAUCAUGUGGAAUUUUUUCUGGUGUUAUUUUUCCGCCGCUCGCUCGUUGUUUUUUUUUUCUCUUGUGUGUUUGAUCGGGAUACGAACGCAGUCCACGAAACCCGAUGUUGCCUGUCCGAUAUACCAUGCGCAUCUCAGUAACUAACCGCGUAGGUUGAGCCAUGAUGAGGCUCAUUGCACGACGAAAUACUGAGGAUGGUGUGGCAUUCCGUUGUUGUCUCAUUUUGAGGACUGAUGGUCCGCGGGGCACCGCGGUCCACGCCAAUUUGGUUGAUGAUGUUUGGAAUUAUUUCCCGGUCGCUUGUUUCACCGGGUUAUUUGCCUGAAUAUCAGGGAGGGCUGACGUAUGACCCUCGUUCCGUGAUAGAUGGCGACCAGCGUCUCUCAUAUUUUCACAGAUAGGUCUCGACAAGUCGAUUGAGGCGCUGUUUUGUUGUAGACGCUGCUUUGAUCUUCCUCUGAUGUGUAGGCUGAGAGGGGGCACCCUCCCAUAACAUGUGGUUGAUGGCCCUUCUAUAUGAUAUUUCAUCGAUGUACAGACCGAGGGGGGCAAUUCUCACUGUCAUAUGAUCGACAAUGGUGAUCGGGGUAGUAGACGCGCCCCGUUGCUAACAGCAGCUGGAUACAGUAUGGGAUCCUGUUGCUGGGAGGGGGUUACUUGUGGAGGAGUAGCAAAAAAUGUCUUGGUCCAGUGUCUCUCGAAGCGGCGGACCGCUUGUGGUUGAGAUACUGCUUGAUCUUCCAAUUGGUUGAUCGCCUUCUUUAACAUGCCAUAGAGCGAUGUAGCGUUAGGUUUUACGUUUUUCCGCUGCGAUUUGGCGUUGGUGCUUGUGGCUUUGGGCGCGCCGCGGUGCUGACAGCAGCUUGAUACAGUAGGGAUCCUGUUGCUGGGAGGGGACUUCUUGAAAAGGGGUAGUACAAAUGUCUGACAGUUGUAGACGCGUGGGUUUGCAACGUUGUGACUGCUGUGUUGAUUGUGUUGACAGUUCAAUCAGCAGGAUGAACCGUGGGGGCGGAGGAUUUUGAUCCGGUGGCUGGGUUUCCCUUCGUUUGCUUUAUUUUGUUUACUUUUGGAGUUUCCUUUGAGUACCCUGAACGCUUUGGUUUUGAGAGCAUUCGUUAUGAUGCACAGAAUCAGGGAGGGUGUUCG